CUUACCGUAAAGAAAACUGAGCCGUUUUGUGUGGCAACAUCGAAUUGUUUUCGUCCGUAGAGUGCUCUUUAGUCUCUUCCGAGGUAGGCCUACAUCAUCAUGAGGGUGAUUAACACCUCCCAGAGUGUGAAAAUCCCUGAGGGGGUCACUGUUGAUGCCAAGAAGCGUGAGGUCACAGUUAAGGGGCCUAGAGGUGUCCUGAAGAGAGCCUUCAAACAUGUUCAGAUGGACAUCUAUGUGUUGAAACCCUCGGAAAAAUACCCCCACGGCGAAGUUAAGGUUGAGAAGUGGUUUGGAACCCGCAAGGAGGUUGCCUGCGUCCGCACCUUGUGCACACACAUCAGGAACAUGAUCACUGGAGUCACCAAGGGCUACCAGUACAAGAUGAGGUCCGUGUACGCCCAUUUCCCCAUCAACACCGUCAUCGACGCAGCCGGCAAGUCCGUUGAGAUCAGAAACUUUUUAGGGGAGAAGCACAUCCGACACGUCAAGAUGUUGCCAGGUGUGACCGUGCAGGUUUCCAAAGCACUUAAGGACGAGCUCAUCCUUGAAGGCAACGACAUCGAGAGAGUGUCGCAGUCUGCCGCCACCAUCCACCAGGCCUGCAAGGUGCGCAACAAGGAUAUCAGGAAGUUCUUGGACGGCAUCUACGUCUCCGAGAAGGGCACUGUCGUUCCGGAUGAAUAAAGUCUUGCCUGACGCGUC